AUGAAAUGAACCUCAGGUCAGCUUCCGCAUGAGAAGCAGGCCAGGCCUGGGUCUGGAGCCGUCCUGGCCUUCCCAGAUGAAACGGACCUCAGGGUUUAUGGUCCAGCAGAGUCUCAGAGUGCGGUCUUUGGAGAUGUGCGCCCCCUACUCACGUCUCUCUUGGAUGGGUACAAUGUUUGUGUUAUGGCGUAUGGACAGACGGGCAGCGGGAAGAGCUAUACCAUGUUGGGACCCCAUUCGGAUGAUGGCCCUGUGUUGCCGCUUGACCCACAGAGUGACUUAGGAAUUAUCCCUAGAGCAGCUGAGGAGCUCUUCAGGCUCAUUUCGGAAAAUCCCUCAAGAAGCCCAAAGGUUGAAGUCUCCAUAGUGGAAGUUUACAAUAAUGACAUUUUUGACCUCCUGGCCAAAGACACUGUUGCAGCAGUGUCGGGGGUCAAGCGUGAGGUGAUGACAGCCAAGGACGGACGAACAGAGGUUGCGCUGCUGGCCUCUGAGGCUGUUGGCAGCGCCUCAAAACUGAUGGAGCUCGUUCGUGGAGGUCUGCAGCUCAGAGCAAAGCACCCCACCCUGGUGCAUGCGGAUUCUUCCAGGUCUCACCUGAUAAUUACAGUGACUCUAACAACAGCCGCCUGCUCUGAUAGCACUGCAGACCAAGCCUGCAGUGCUACCCUCCCCAGGGAGCAAACAGAGGCAGGAAGGGCAGGAAGGAGCCGCAGAACUUCUCAAGGGGCCUCAGCUCCACAGCUGGUUCCCAGGGACCCCGCAGGGCAUGCGGAGCAGGUGCAGGCCCGGCUGCAGCUCGUGGACUUGGCGGGCAGCGAGUGCAUUGGUGUGUCCGGGGUGACCGGGUCGGCCCUGAGGGAGACAGCGUGCAUCAACCGCAGCCUUGCAGCCCUGGCAGACGUCCUGGGGGCUUUGUCGGAGCACCGCAGCCACAUCCCGUACCGGAACCACAGGCUCACCCACCUCCUUCAGGACUGCCUCGGAGGUGACGCGAAGUUACUGGUGAUUCUGUGCAUUUCUCCCAGCCAGAGGCACCUGGCGCAGACGUUGCAGGGCCUGGGUUUCGGGAUCCGAGCUCGGCAAGUCCAGCGAGGCCCUGCCCAAAAGAGGCCGCCCAGCUCCCAGAUGGAGGGGAAGAGGAGGCUGGAUUGAACGCAUUAAUGAGUUUUUCUCCUAAAACUGUGUGUUUUGUCAUUGCUUAUAAUGCAUAUGUGCUUAGAAAUAAACAGGUUUCAUGUGG